UCAACCCUUCUACUUAUCGUCUUUACAUCCACGUUUUGCUCACGAUGCGUAUACUUCUCAUCCUGUUUAUUACAGUGGCAUAUGUAACGGCGUUUCCAGGAUUUCCUAAAACAAAAUGGGAUCCUUUCGUUUUUGACAUUACGGUCUAUUGCAAUGACAAAACUCGUGAUACGUACAAUUUGCUCAUUGAGUGGUGGGAAGAUGAUACUAUGCCCGGAAUGGAACAGAUCACUCGUCCACAAUUUUACCACCCAAAACCGGGAAACUUCAGCUUUAGAAUGGAAGGAGCCAUGGAUGGUGACGAAUCCUUUUCUGAUGGACAUAAACCAGUUGCAUAUAUAACUCAUGAUUGUCACAAAAAGGCGCAACAAGUUGAACUCGUCUUAACUGUUAAUACGUUAUGUAAGACUGAGAAUUCUUGCCAUUAUCGUAUUAUUCAAGACAUUUCCGGAGCUCAAGGAGAGAAAAAUAUUCAAGCCGAUGCAUUGGUUGUUGGAGGAAACUUCACUUCGUUCCCAGAUUUUUCUCUCAUGUAAUAAACUUUCUGUGGUUAAUUUUAAUAUAAACCUGAAGUAAAAUUUUUGGAAAAU